AUGAUUCAGUUGAGCACCAGUAGCAAUCGCAGGUUAGCGAAUCCAAAGGAUGAGCGUUACUUGUGUUUACUUUUAAUUCCUAUUACUAUUUUCAUAAUUAUCAUCAUUCUUAUAACAACAAGAUAUACAGUUAGUGAAGAAUUAUUGUUAUUAAAUACAACAAACGAAACAAAACCAAUUUCCUGUAACAUAACAUAUUUACCACAAAAAACUUUAUUUACUAUCAAAAGGGCAAGUUUUUUGACAACUAGUGAUGUUAAUUGCGACAAUAAAACUGAUAUAAUUCUCUCUUACGGUGAAGAAAAUAGAAUCCGUAUUUUUCUUAAUAUCGGUCAUGGUCAAUUUAAUCCUUCACCAAUUAUAUAUCAAAGUAGUUUUGGACCAAAAAGUAUAACAAUGGGUGAUGUUAAUAAUGAUCAGCGACCUGACAUGAUUGUUUUAAAUAUGUCUCAUGGUUAUAUAACUGUGUUUCUUAGUACAAAUAAUUGUACAUUUGCUAAUCAAAGAGCAUAUUCAACUUUUGACGAUGCAACAUCUAUUUUCAUCGGUGAUAUAAAUCUUGAUCAUAAUCUUGAUAUUAUUGUUUUAAGUAAGGAGACAUACAAUUUUGGUAUUUUUUUAAAUAAAGGUAAUGGUGGUUUUGCGCGUCAAAUGGUUUACUCAAAAUGUUUUUGUCAACCAGAAUAUAUGCGAAUUAUGGAUAUAGAUAAUGACUCUAAACUGGAUAUAAUUCAAUUUUGUGGAUAUGCUAAUGAGGUGUUUUUAAAUAAAGAUGGGAAUAAAUUCAUUAGUUUGGGAUACCAUACUUUAUCUACUCACAGACAUGAAGAUAAGAUGACAAUGAUCGAUUGGAAUGAAGAUGGACAACUUGAUUUUAUUAUACCAUUUGUAUUUAAAAAUAAUCAUGUAAUUUUCUUUGUAAUUUAUAAUACAGGUAACAAUACUUUUAUUUCAAAUGGAACACAGCUCUCGACAAUCCGUUCAAAUGGCUAUUAUCCUGCUACGAUUGCUAUUGAUUUGAAUCUUGACAAGAAAAUUGAUGUUAUUUCUCUAACCGAUGUCGGAGAUAACCUUACAAUUUUCUUCAAUGAUGGAAAUGAUAUAUUCACUAAUCGAUUAACAUAUGCAACCAGUAGAUUCUCAAAUCAAGUUGUGGUAAUCGAUUUAAAUGACGACUAUAUACCAGAUAUUCUUGUUAAAAGCGGUGAGAAUUGUACUGUGCAUAUCCUAUUAGGUUAUUGCAAUAGAUGA